AUGACAAAAAAGAUAUUCUCUCCCCUAGAAAAACCCACAAGAAGGAAGAAAUUAGUGCAAAGGACAAGGACAUCGAUGAAUCGCACUUUGCAGGAAUGUCCUUCGGGACGAAUGAGAGAACAUGAAUUUCGGCAUGUACUCUCAGCAAUUAUCUCACCAGAAAGAGCUACUGAUCAGUACAUUGCACGACUAUUUCUUGCAUUUUCAAGCGAUGACAAAAAGACUAUCACGUUCCAGAAUCUCAUCGAGUGCCUCUCACUCAUUCAACCCCAAACAGCAGAAUCAAAUGCACGCUGGACAAUACGAAUCAUCACCGGUUGUCAAACGGAUCGUUUUGCAUUCCCGGAAUUCCUCACAUUCACUCAGGCGGUGUUCGGCUUGAAUGAAGGCAAACCGGGCGAGUUCACUGAAGAUAGUAAUGGAAACCGAGAUAAAAACAAGGAAUCUGUGGAGCAUCGGGCAACUACUAUAUUUAAUGUGAGUUUACUGAUGUGUGCAGCAAUGGAAAAAGCAUAAGC